UUCUUUGUCCAGUUUUUCUUGAAACCUAUACACCACUUGCUAUUUGUAACGCCUACAAAACAACAGGAAUAUGGCCAUUUAAUCCUAAUGCUAUUAAUUCUGACCGUUUAGAUCCUUCAUUAAUAACAGAAAAAUUUAUUGACUCAUCUUUACAAAUCCAGCCAUUCGUCCAACCAUUCGUUCAACCUGUUGAAUCAAGUCCAGCAUUUCCAUCUCAUUCUACACGAUUAAAUAUUAAUAUGUUAAAAGAAGAAAAUAUUAUGCUUAAAAAUAAAAAUGAAUUAAUGAAGGCCCAAAUUGCACAAAUAAAAGAGGAGCUAAAUACUUAUAAAAAUCCUGGAACAUGUACCUUACGUUCAGCCCUUAAAUAUCCAGUUCCUCAGAAAGACACUUCCAUUUGCCCGGCUUCUCACAAUGAGGAAAGUUGGCAGCAAUUAAAAACGAUAAAUGAAGAAGCAGAACGUAAAAUCGUGGAAAUGAAACAAAAAAAAGAGGCAGCAGCUCAAAAAAAGGCUGCACAGGAACUUAACUUAAUACAAAAAAAUGAAGAACGAGCUAGAAAAGCUCAACAAAAAUUAACAAAAAACAAAUAA